UCUGGGAGGAUAGAACUUUCAGUUUAACUCUUGAAUCCAUCUGAAGCUUAUUUUGGUGAAAACUAUGUGCGAUAAUCUAUAACUUUUUUUCCAGAAGAUCCCUGUGCCCAGCUCUAUUGCAAUACUGUUUCCUUCCUCAAGGACACGUAAUGCCAUCCCUACUAUGCAAUGUACCAUCAUAUGGUCUGUUUCGGGUUGUCUGUCAUUUUCCACUGUCAGAUGUGUUGGAUUACAGCAGCCUGGAACCCUCCUCAUCACCUUUUUUAUACAAAGUUAGAAGUCACUUUGUCUAGGCUGAAAAAGAAAAAUUUCAUCUGGGAAUCAAUUCAGUGAAAAGACAUUGGGGCUUUAGUGCAAAAAACAAAAAAAAACACGAGAAGAAUGAGUAGGGAUGUGGUUCCCAAAAUAAGACUUUGCAGUUGUGAAAAUUCAGGGAGGCAUCCUGCCAACUGUCCUGUUUACCAGCUGAAGAAUCCACAGGGCAGUGAGUUGCAAUAUAAAAGGCUAUUUUGGUGCUCCCAGACUCCGAUAGUGAAGGCAUUUGUAUUAGUAAUUUCCAAACCAGACACAUCCUUUUUUAGAUUGGUCGCUUCCUGGCCUGUAUGUUUAUUCUUAGGGACCAGCUUCAUGUUCUGGAGCUGGAGCCUGUGCCGGAGCGGUUCCAUAAGGGGUCCUCUGUCCUUUCACAUCCAGGCGGAACCGCUGACCUGAGGGUGGAACACUUGGGUAUUUUCCCAACGGCAGGGAACGUGGUGACAGGGGAGAUGGUAGAAGAGCUUAUUAUUUCCGGAGCAGAUAUAAUCAAAGUGGGAGUUGGACCAGGCUCCGUGUGCACCACCCGCACCAAGACGGGGGUGGGCUACCCCCAGCUGAGCGCUGUGAUCGAGUGCGGGGACUCCGCCCAUGGCCUGAAGGGGCACAUCAUCUCGGAUGGAGGCUGCACUUGUCCAGGAGAUGUCGCCAAAGCCUUUGGUAAGGGGACACAGAGGGCUGGGAGGGAGCUGGCACAGCUGUGUGCUGGGGCAGGGUGGGGAACAGAGGGAGGAGGUGGGACGUGCCCCUUCUGGGCCAGGGCGGAGCUUCCUCUCCCUGGAUUCCAUCCCCAGUUGGCCCAAGGCCCGGCGUCGGUGCACUGCUGGUGAAAUGCAGAGCAGGCUGAGUGCCCAGGGAUAGACUGG